GGUUCAAAAAACAUGUCGCAUAACCGGAGCAUCGGCGGUCUAGAGUACAUGAAAAAAAGGAUACCAAAAAAUGCCAAGUAUGACUACGUUAAAACAAAGUUGGACACAGGAUCCAGUCUUUCAAAGUAUAUGGAAAGAUUGGAGGAGAUUAGAAAAAAUUACAGGUACCGAAAAGAUGAAAUCUUCAAGCGGUUAAAAGUGACAACUUUUGCACAGUUGGUCCUUCAGGUAGCCUCCGUUUCGGGCCUGAAUGAAAAUGAGAUGGAUGGAGAGUCAAACAGCCCACAAGACAGUAUCUCGGUUGUGUCUGAACACACCAACGGCUCCACUCUGGGCCAAGGAGACGGUAGGGACACCUGCCACUCGGCCAGAUCAACCCUGCUGAGCGUCAUCAGCGGCGUCGGGGAGCUGAACGUGGAGCGGAGCGGCCAGAGGACGGAGGCCGAGCUGCCGCCCCCCCCCACGCCGGAGGACGGCCCCUACCCCGACUGCCCGUACCUGCUGCUGGACGUGCGCGACCGGGACCAGUACGACUGCUGCCACAUCAUCAGCGCGCACAGUUUUCCCGCUUCCAUGUUGUCCCGGACGAUGAACCCGUACACCGCAGGAGUGCUGGAAUACAAAAAUGCUGCGGGGAAAAUAAUAAUCCUGUACGAUGAGGACGAGCGAAUAGCCAGCCAGGCAGCUACGAUCAUGUGUCAACGAGGGUUCGAGAACCUUUUCAUGCUCUGUGGAGGUCUCAAGGUUAUCGUUCAGAAGUUUCCCAGUGGGAUGACGACAGGCUGCAUCCCCGCCUCGUGCCUUUCGUCUCCAAAGUCCUUGAAAGGGAAAAGGCCUACCGAGCUGCAGCCGCCGGCGCAGACGGCCGAGAAGAGGUGGCGCUUCAAUGCAGACGAGCUGCAGAAGAUCCAGGACCAGCUGGACGAGGUCCUCGUCUCCAACAGUCGCUUGUCCAGCCGCAUGUCCUCCAGCAGCAGCGGUCAGCUGAAACCCUCCAGCCGUAAGAGUUCCUCCAUGUCUGGGAGCAGCAGCCGACCCUGGAAAUAAGGCCGCACGCUCCCUCCACCAACAAACAUACCUCCACCAGAGUCUCUCUUUCCUGCUGUGGCGACUUCAGGCCACAGCACAAAGAGUGAAAAAACCACAAGUACUUAUAGGUGGCUUCAUCAUUAACUGACAGUGUUUGUUUGUCGUGUUUUUACUGAGAAUGUUUCAGGAGGAUGGAAGUGCAUUUGUUUUUCUGUGUUAGAUACUGCACAUCCAGACAUUAGCAGACUGACACAAAGACAUGAGUAGAGACAAGCCUGAAUCCGUGCGAGUUCUCUUUUGUUCCUUGUUGGUGUUUUUUGAUACAUUUGGAUUAAGCGUGUACAUUUGAUUGUUUGCACAGUGAACGAGCGUGAAGCCGUGAAGUAAAAGCUCGUUUUGCACCUGAAUCUGUAAAUCUUCUAAGACUGAUGACUCCUUCAGCAUCACUUAUUUCCGUGGAUUACCACUUCACAUUUUUAUUGCUGGAGACGUUUUAAUGUGACACGAUGAAGUAACGACACAUCGACAGCUUUUAUGUGCACUUUUAGCAGUUGUUCUGUUUUUAAGACUUGUAACUGAUUAUUAAAGUCCUCUGUAGAGUAUCAAAUCUCCAUGGUGAUAGACGAAGAAAACAUUGUCGUGACUGAAACUACAGAUACGUUUGAAGAAAAGUAUUGAUCACUUGUGGCCUCGGCUCUGUGGCUUGUUGCGUUUUUUGGUAUAAAUACAUUCCCACAGCUUCCUGUGAGGUGCGUUCUAUGAAAAUAUUGGCUUCUCCACGGCCUUUUUCACCGUCAGUCUUAAAAAUAAAGGGAGCAUGCUUUUGUUUGUAAAUGAAUGUCAAAUAAAGAGUUAA